AUGAAGCCAGGGCAGACUAGGGGGGGCGGCAUCCAUGACACGCGGGCCGGCAAUUUGCCGCGUGAGCGCGCCUCAACAAAAAAAGUUCCAUACAUGGCCGGCCGUUCAUCUGUGUACCCAUAUAAGGCGCAGCACUUUGUUACGGCAGGCGAUCAAUCGAGAGGGGUGACGAGAAGCACGCGGGAAGUUGCUGGUGCUUCUCGCAAGACCUCCUCACUUGCGUCCUCCCCGGCGUCUAAGGAAGCCACGCAGGUGCGUUUCCCACGCACGCAGAUGGAGGAGAUCGCAAGCUGGUUAGGCAGCGACACAAUCUUUGCGGAGAUAGAGUUGCUCGCGGGAAGGGCUCGUGAGUUGCGUCUUCGUGCGGAAUCCUUACGGAAUGCCCCUAAUGCGGUGGCGUCCGUCUCCUUGGGAACUGUUUCUGUGAAACGCAGCCAGAGCCAGCAGAGGACACCAACGUCAUCAACGCAGCCUCCUUUUAACGAGGAGGCUUACGCGGAGCAAAUCCUCGGCCGAAGCGCACGAGGGCAGAAAGAGAGAGUCUCUUCUGGAGUUUCUUCCCCACCGCAGGAGCCGUGCUCUGCGGGCGAAGCGACGCAACCCGGAAGUGGACGAAGCAAUGGCGUCGCUCCCACAAUAGAACAAAUGAUUUCUCUGGAACAACUUGCCUACGGCAAAUCGGCCUCGCCGCAGAGGAGGAGGAAACAGCAGGAGGAGGAGGAGGAGGAGGAGGCGGAGGAAGGCUCCCACUCGCCCAGUGUUGUUGAGAUCAAUGAGGAAGUCUUGAAAGGCAGUUGCGACGUGCAGUCACCGUCGCCUUCAGUAUCGUCUGUGGUGCAGGUUGGCGUGUCGGUGUCUGCAGGCACGGCAGCGGAGAGUUCACUUGGUGGUGCAGCAGUUUCACUCCGAGAUGCUUCACCGCCGCGAUGUGGGGCACUUGGUGGCCAUGCAUCUUGCCAGGCGGACCCCUACAAUUUAGUGCAAAUACCACGGGCGCACCACAUCUUGUCACAGGUGAAUUUCUCCUAUUGGUAG